CGGAGGCGACGCUGAGGCGAGCGGGGCGGCCAUUUUACGUCUCUGCGAGAGGCCGCGCGGGCGCUGCGGUCGGUGCUCGCUCCUCCGCCCUUCUAGUACCUCGGCAACGCCGCCGCCAUGGGCCGCAAGAAGAAGAAGCAGCUGAAGCCUUGGUGCUGGUAUUGCAACCGGGAUUUUGAUGAUGAAAAAAUCCUUAUCCAGCAUCAAAAAGCAAAGCAUUUCAAGUGCCAUAUAUGUCAUAAAAAGCUGUAUACAGGACCUGGUUUAGCUAUACAUUGCAUGCAGGUGCAUAAAGAAACAAUAGAUGCUGUUCCAAAUGCUAUUCCUGGAAGAACAGAUAUUGAACUGGAAAUUUAUGGCAUGGAGGGCAUUCCAGAAAAAGAUAUGGAAGAAAGGAGGAGAUUACUUGAACAAAAAACUCAAGCAGAGAGUCAGAAAAAGAAACAACAAGAUGAUUCUGAUGAAUAUGAAGAUGAUGAGUCUUCAGCUUCAACUUCAUUUCAACCACAACCUGUACAGCCACAGCAGGGAUACAUACCUCCAAUGGCACAGCCAGGUUUGCCGCCUGUCCCAGGUGCACCAGGAAUGCCUCCAGGUAUACCACCAUUAAUGGCAGGUGUUCCUCCAAUGAUGCCUGGAAUGCCUCCAGUUAUGCCAGGAAUGCCACCUGGGAUGAUGCCAAUGGGUGGAAUGAUGCCUCCUGGGCCAGGAAUACCACCUCUUAUGCCUGGUAUGCCACCAGGUAGGUCAGGGGUGUCGAACCCAUACUGUGGUAUGCCACCACCUGUUGGUCCUCGUAUGCCUCCCAUGACACAAGCACAGCCUGUGACAGCACCAGGAAUUCUUAAUAGACCUCCAGCUCCCACUGCAACAGCACCUACCCCUCAGCCUCCUGUUACUAAGCCACUGUUCCCCAGUGCAGGACAGAUGGGGACACCUGUCACAAGCUCAAGUACAGCUUCCUCCAAUUCAGAAAAUCUGUCAGCAUCUUCUAAAGCUCUGUUUCCUAGCACAGCACAAGCUCAAGCAGCUGUUCCAGGUCCAGUUGGUACUGAUUUCAAACCGUUGAAUACUACACCUGCAACAACCACAGAGCCCCCAAAACCAACAUUCCCUGCUUAUACGCAGUCUACAACCUCCACCACUAGCACAACAAACAGUACUGCGGCUAAACCAGCUACAUCUAUAACUAGUAAGCCUGCUACUCUUACAACAACCAGUGCAACCAGUAAGUUGAUCCAUCCAGAUGAGGAUAUAUCCCUGGAAGAAAGAAGGGCACAGUUGCCCAAAUAUCAGCGUAAUCUCCCUCGACCAGGUCAGGCAUCCAUGGGUAACCCACCGGUUGGACCAAUUGGAGGUAUGAUGCCACCACAGCCAGGAAUUCCUCCACAGCAGCAAGGAAUGAGACCUCCAAUGCCUCCUCAUGGUCAGUAUGGUGCUCAUCACCAAGGCAUGCCAGGAUACCUUCCUGGAGCGAUGCCUCCAUAUGGUCAGGGACCCCCGAUGGUGCCCCCUUACCAAAGUGGACCUCCUCGACCUCCAAUGGGAAUGAGACCGCCCGUAAUGUCGCAAGGUGGCCGCUAUUGAUGCUACUACACGCAGUCUAAUAGGUUUGGAGAUUAAACCUUUUCUCAUCUUGUGCUGUUAAUAUAGCCAAGCUUCCGUCAAUUAAGGCUUCAUUGUGACUUUAAAAACACUUUCUUCCCACAUGCAAGGAACUAUUGGACAUUCUUAUUUUACAUGGGAAAAAAUUAUUUGGAAUAAUAAAACAGGAACUUUUCCUGAUGUUGCAAUUUAUACUGUAUGGCUUCUUUUUCAUGUUUCAUCUAGGUUUUUAGAAGUGAAGUAUAGUAAAUAUGGUUCGUUAAAUUGUGAAGGCGCUGGAAUUACAUGAACAUACCAUCUUAAAGGCAAGUUCUGUAACAUUAUGUUGCUAUUUGUAAAAUGAUGCCUUCACAGCACUUCAUGUGCUGUUGGACUUCAUGUCCCCAACAUUGCUUGGUGAGGGCUCUAACUGUUCCCAACUAUCUGUACAUUAAAAGUCUGAACAUGUAACAAUAUUUAAUGUAUUUAGAGUUCCUCCUGUUGCAGGGUUUAAGUAAACUGACCCAGUAAGGUCAUGUGACUUUUCUGUACUGUUAUAAAAUUCAUUGUAAUAAAAGAAGAGAAAAAUUUAUAUGCCUUUUUAUUCAUGACCAGCUGUGGACAACUGCCUGAAAGGUUUGUACAGAUGCAUGCCACAGUAGUUAUUGCUGUAAUAAACACAUUUACUGGU